CACCACCUCUCCAGUCAUAAUCCAAAUUUGAUACUUGACCCGGAGUAACUUGAACCUGUGGCCAGAGAGCCAACUGUGAUAAAAUUCUAUUUGAGCCUUUGACUCGUGGUCUUAGUUGAGUAUCCACCAUGGUGGCCAACAACUCGAAAUACUCGAGCACCCGGUACCACGACAGUUCAUUACGCGAGUUCUUCGGUUUCGAGGAUGUCGUGCUGAAGGGCCUGGCAGCCGAUGGUGGUCUCUUUCACCCACAUGAUAUUCCCAACGUCCGGUCUCAAUAUCUACAAUGGAAGGAUCUUUCCUUCCCAGACCUGGCCUACCAGGUCAUGAGGCUGUACAUUGACGAGUACGAAAUCUCCGACGCCGAACUCAAAGACAUAGUCCACCGUAGCUACUCGACCUUCAGACACCCAGACACAGUCCCCUUAGUCCCCCUCGACGACCAAAAGGGCCUGUAUCUUCUCGAACUCUUCCACGGGCCGACGUUCGCGUUCAAAGAUGUCGCCCUCCAAUUCCUGGGCAACUUGUUCGAGUUCUUCCUCGUCCGGAAGAACAAGAACCUCCAAACGGGCGAAGCCAGACACCAUCUCACCGUUAUCGGCGCUACGUCAGGCGACACGGGCUCCGCUGCCAUCUACGGCCUCCGCGGCAAGAAAGACGUGAGCAUCUUCAUCAUGUUCCCGGAUGGCAAAGUAUCGCCGGUCCAAGAAGCGCAAAUGACCACCGUCUUGGACCCGAACGUGCACUGCCUCGCUGUUCAAGGCACCUUCGACGACUGCCAGGACUACGUCAAGGCUCUCUUCGCCGACCCAGAGACGAACAAGAUCCACCAUCUCGCGGCCGUGAACUCGAUCAACUGGGCCCGUAUCCUCGCCCAAAUCACGUACUAUUUCUCCGCGUAUUUCCAGCUUCUCAAGACGAAACCCGACCUGAAACAGGCCAAGUUUGUCGUGCCCACGGGCAACUUCGGCGACAUCCUGGCCGGGUACUACGCUAAGCGCAUGGGUCUACCGAUCGCGAAACUCAUCAUCGCCACAAAUGAGAAUGACAUCCUUCACCGCUUCUGGCAGACCGGCUCGUACUCGAAGAAGCCGAAGCCGCCCCAGGAACCGCACGAGGGCAUCAAAGAGGAUGGCGCUCAGGCGCAUGAGGCCGGCGUCAAGGAGACCUACAGUCCAGCCAUGGACAUCUUGGUCUCGUCGAAUUUCGAACGCCUGCUCUGGCAUUUGAGUCUUGAGCAUGAAUUGGAGACGAACCCGCACGUUAAAAUGGAGUCAUCGGUACGCGUGGCGGGACAGAAGAUCGAUGGGUGGUUCCAGGAGUUGAAGAGCACGGGCUCUUUUACCGUCGAUCCGCAGAUCUUGGACAAGGCUCGCGAGAUCUUCGACACGUACAGAGUCAGCAACGCCGAGACGCUGGAGGCGAUUCGGGACUGUUACCGAGGAGACGUCAUCUCCAAGAAGGAAUAUGUUCUUGAUCCGCAUUCCGCGAUCGGCGUGGCCGCGAGCCUGCGCGAGAUCAAAGCGUCGGGUCAAUGUGACGUGCCGACCGUGUCGCUGGCCACGGCCCAUCCUGCGAAAUUCGCCGGUGCAGUCGACCUGGCGUUGCAGGAGGAGAAGGGGUUCGACUUCAAUAGCGUCCUGCCGGAGCAAUUUGUUGGGCUGGACGACAAGGAGAGGAAAGUGCUGAAGGUGUCCAGCUCGGAAGGAUUGCCUGGAAUCCGCCAGAUCAUCACCCGUGAAGUGGACAAGGAGAAGGAGGCUAGACAGAAUGGUUCUUCGUAAGAGCUGGAAAAAAAGGGGCAUGAGGGAUUAUAGUCCCAGAUUGUGGCUAAGAAGACGCCGGAGAAGGACGCUGAGUAGAAUGGUGCUUGUGACAGUGAAGCUCGCACGACAGGUACAGGAUUCAACGUCAGUGGAGGUAUUCGAAACCAUUCCAAGAGACGACGCACAGGUAGAAUGGAGGUUAGACAAAAUGUACUCGCCCUGGUCGGAAUCUGUCUGGAAUUGCAUCGAUCAGAAUAGGAGGUUAAACAAAUGUACUCGAUAUCCAGACUUUCCUUCUGCCCUCCAGACUUACC